UUCGCUCCACUGGUCGCAAUACCUCUUGUCGUCUUGUCCUACUUCUUGCCCUGCCUGGUAUAUAUAACUCUGACAACAGUUGCCAGCGAAAGUCGGCCAUGGGUUGGGGUAUCAAAUGCAGCUAUGAAGACGAACGUCAUGACUUCGACCAAAUUGAUAUGGGAGUCCCAUCGAGCGGCCCUUACUAUGCCCCGGAUGAGGACAUGCACAAGUGCAAGAGAUGCAUGCUGCAGCCGUGCAUCACGUUUGUGGGACUUGGGGUGAAGAAGAGCGACUACCUGGUCAAGUGCAACUGCUGGCCCCCCACCGUCUUCAUGCCAUUCAUUAGUCUCGCCCAGAUAAUAAUAUUCGCUGUUUAUGCCGCGGAACUCGCCGGGAAAGGCACUCCCGUCACCUUCGAGAGUGGGUACCCGCACUACAGCCCCCUCAUAUACCAACCAACGAAACGAUACGAGGCGUGGAGAUUCAUCACGUACAUGUUUGUACACAACGGGUGGUGGCACAUUCUGAACAACCUCGUCUUCCAGCUGGGUAUCGGACUCACCCUGGAGAUGGUCCACAAGUGGUGGCGACUGAUGAUCGUCUACCUGUGCGGCGUCCUAGCAGGGUGCUUGCUUCAUUCAGUGGUAGAGCAUAACAUAGCCCUGGUGGGGGCGAGUGCUGGAGCCUUCUCCCUUGUGGGCGCUCAUCUCGCUGUCGUUAUCACGAACUGGAAAGAGAUGCGAAUGAGAUGUAACUGCGAGUGCCUUGAUAAAGAACUAAAAGUGCCGACGGGUCCAUUACGUCUGGCCGUCAUCCUACCCCUAGUAUUCUAUGAAGUAGGCCGUGCUAUCUAUCAACAUGUGGUGGCAAAGGAUUCCUGGACGAUCGCUGUUGGCGCCCAUCUUGGAGGUAUCGGGGCAGGUUUAUUACUCGGAGUGCCAAUCUUAAAGAACAUGAAGAGGCACCCAUGGGAGACGAAGCUUGGAAUCGUCACCUCAGUAGUGUUUGGACUGGCUGUACUGUUUGGAGUGCUAUUUCAUAUUUUCUACAAAGGUUACCCUGAAACCCAGUGGGAUUAAUGAAUCCGGACUCUAAUUUGUUCAGUAUUUUAUUGCUACUUAAUUUACUGCCAUAGUGCAGCGGAAACCAUCAUUUUACAUACAUUUAUGUCUUUAGACUGUUGUUAUGGCUUUCCGAGCCUGCCUACGUGCAUAUAGGCUGUUUAAAGCAAAGCGUAUAUUUCUGUUAUUGUUUAAUGGGGUGAGUGAAUGAGUGAAUGAGUUGGGUUUAUCUGCUUUGAACAGUAUUCCAGUUAUAUCACGGAAUGUCAGCUUGAUGUGGGAGGAAAGCCUGAAGUGAUACCGCUCAUUAACAGGUUAUGGUGCUGACAAAACUAGAAACAUAAUGGGGGCGAACCGGGAUUCGAACCCUUGUUUAAUGGAGAUUGUAUUGAUUGAUUUUACUAGUAUCAUACAAGUUUGGUUCAAUGUUAUACGACUCAAUAUAUUUGAGUAUUUAUGCUUCAUUAGUGAUUCUCGAACAAUCCUAUGAUUUUCUUACAGUGAAACCUCGUUAAUGUGUACCCCGUUUAAUCGGAACGCUACCAUUCCUCAUUAUAACUUUGCAUCGCCUUCAUAUACACAUUACUCCAUACUGAUUAUACGGAUCAUAUCGAACUGAUUAACGGGGUCUUAGCGUGGUUUUACUGUAUACAUGACCUUUGAACACAUGGCUUUUAUUCGUCAAUAUUUAUUGCCUGUUUGCGUUUUCUUGUUGCUUACAAUUAAAGUGGUGUUGUCUUUUUAAUUUCGCAUUUUUUUUUUGCAUCCAUGAUACAUAAAGGAUUGUCUCGAUUCAGUAUUUUUCUGAUCCAAAUUUUGUGUAUUUGUAUUUGCUAUUAAUCAACAAAUUCCGCAAAUAUCCCGAACCGUCAUAUUCUAAACAUUUUGUGCCUGAAACUUUUGCGUUUGUAAGAGAUUCUUCUUCUUGUAGUCAAAUAAUUGCUGAAAUAAACCUUCAGUCAACUGGCGACAAAGAAAGGUCACACGCAGGUUUAUAUUCGUAUUAGUGAGCAGUUUAUACUUAAAAAAUUUCGUAUUUUGUAUUUCUAUAUUUUUAAGUCGUUUUUCUCGAUUUUUUAAUAUAUUUUUUGUUUCCAUGAAAAAUAUUUCUUCGAUGUAAACUGUUCGGCAAAAGAAGUAUGAACCCCUGUUUGAAGGUGGUUAAAAAUGAAACAUACAAGAAAUAGUUAUCGCUGGUGGUGUUUUUGAAACGGAUAUCAAUCAUAGUUGUGUUUUGGGCCUUAACUUUGCAGUGUUUCGGCGACUGUGGUCAGCCUACAUACGUUUUCAUAACUUUUGUAAAUUGUUUUGGUCAUAUCAAAUAUUCAAUUGUAUAAUUUCUUUUGCCCGACAGUAUAUGUUCUAAUCUGACUUUUUUCCAGCUAGUGAACAUAGUUUACCCUUAAUAACGUUGUUCGAUAAUGCAGAGACAUGUCUGCAGCUUUACUAACAAACCUCUUUUUUAUUUAUAUUCCUGCUAACACACAUGUUAUUAUAAAAUAUGUUUGAUAAAUCUCUUUUUUUUAUAUUCUUAAUUACAAAAAAAGCCAAAAGAAUAAAAGUGUAUGACAAGGUAAAACAUAUGACUGCGAAGUGUCGUCUUUUCUGUAAGUAAAGAUGGUAUACUUGAUGUUACCCUGCCUGGCGCUGCACAUUGAAGGGUGAAACAAGGACUUGUCGGCUCGGAAUCAGUGUACUAUGUCUGAGCCCUAUACAUACAACCUCACUCAUGGAAUGUCCAAAGACAUUUUGUACUUUUGUAUUUGCCUAUGUCAUGCCAUGGCCUUAAGGGAAAUAAAGUUUAUUUUAUUUAA